AAAAACUAUUUUGCUAUAAGUCAUUUUAUAUUUUAAUCCCAACCACACCCAAGUCACCGAUUGCUAGUUUUCGGGUGGAGCAGUGACCAUAGGCGAAAACAAGAGGAAAAAUCACCAAGAAUCUCUCCUGCUCGCCACCGCCGUCCGCCGGUGGGUUCUGUCUCUCUUAAAGUUCAUCAGAUUUUCGACCCACUCUUUACUCUCAGACUCUUGCUAUUGCGUUCAAUCUCAAAUCGACGCAUGCACUAUUUACGGAUGUCACCUCAAAGUUCUAAUUAACCGAUCGUAUUUUCGUGUUCUAUUUCACAUUUGUAGUUUGUUCCUGAAAUUUACAUCUUAAUGAUCUGCUUUGAGAAGAGAUGAGUAAGAAGAAAAACCCUAGUGUGUUCUUGGACUUAUCAAUAGAAGGAAGUCCUGCUGAAAGAAUUGUCAUCGAGCUUUUUGCCGAUAUUGUCCCUAGAACAGCUGAGAAUUUUCGAGCACUAUGCACAGGGGAGAAGGGCAUUGGAAGCGUUACUGGAAAACCAUUGCACUACAAGGGAAUUAUAUUCCAUCGCAUUAUUAAAGGCUUCAUGGCUCAAGGAGGCGAUUUCUCAAAACAAAAUGGCACUGGUGGGGAAAGCAUCUAUGGAGGAAAGUUUGCAGAUGAGAACUUUAAGCUGGAUCAUAGCGGAGCUGGAAUACUCUCAAUGGCAAACGGUGGCCCAAAUACAAAUGGAUCUCAGUUCUUUAUACUCUUCAAGCGCCAACCCCAUCUUGAUGGGAAACAUGUUGUUUUUGGUAAGGUAACAAAGGGAAUGGAGACAAUUAAGAAGAUUGAGCUGUUGGGAACAAGUGAUGGAAAACCUUCUGGUGUGGUAAAAAUUGUGGAUUGUGGUGAAGUUAUUGAAGAUAAGAAGAACAAUGUGGUGGAAUCCGUAAAAGGUAAAAAGAAAAAAACCGUGAAGAAAGAUACUUCUUCUGAUGACAGUUCUGAUGGGCGAGUCAAAAAACGCCGUGGAUCAACUAUCAGGGAGAAAUCGAGGAGACGAAGGAAGUACUCACCAUCUGAUUCUGAUUCUGACUCCGAGUCUUAUUCUUCGGAGAGUGAUUCCGACUCCGAUUCGGAGUCGGAAGCUGAUUCCGAUUCUUCAAGUUCAUCUGCUGGUGGUAAAAGGAGGAAGAAGAGGUCAACAAAAAAAGAAGUCAAAGUCAAACAGCGUAAGAACAAACGGAAAGAAAAGAGACGGUUGCCUGGCAAAAGAUCAUCAAAGAGAAGGAGCUCUGGGAGUUCAAGUGAAACAGAGAGUGGAAGUAGCAGUUCUGAUGAUGGAAAAGCAAAUCGACGUGUUGCAAAGGCCAAAAACAGACCUCCAAGUACUUCUGUGAGGAAAAGCUCACCAGAUCUGUCACGAAAGGUGGAAAUUAAGGAUCAAAAUUCAAAGAAAGCCUUGGAAGAGCGAGAGCUUGUUAAAAAUGGAGCUGUGAAGGAGAAGGAGAAAGAAACUGUAUCUAAUAAGCCACCUGGCAAGCAAAGUCAAGAUUCAGACGACUCGAGCAGAUCCAGGAGCGGGCGAAGUGCUGCUGUAAGGAGAAGUGGAAGCCCAAUCUCAAAAAGUCCUUCAGAAAAUGAAAAAGGGUCUGGAGCUUGUGACAAGCAUGAAAGAAGGCGUGAGGUAUCGAGAAGCAGAUCACCAAAUGGAAAUGGGACCCCAAAAAGAGUUAGAAAAGGACGCGGUUUCACCAAGGAAUAUUCCUUUGCACGAAGAUACCGCACCCCCAGCCCCGACCGCUCCCCCCGCUACCCUCAGCCUCAAGGAAGGUAUCAUGAUAAUAGAUAUCCAAAUUAUAGAAGAUAUUCUGAGCGGUCCCCACCACGAAGAAACAGAAGUCCACCGAGAGGCAGGAGCCCUCCCAGGUAUAGGAGAAGGAGUAGGAGCCAAAGCCCAGUUGAAAGGCGAGCAGAUAUAAGCGAAAAAUUAAAGUCGCGGCUUGGACCUCGGGUGACAUCACCCUCACCAUCACACAAAGCCAAAAGGUCGGCUUCUCCGUCUCCAGGUAAGCAUCAGCCUAAGAAAAUGGUGUCUGUGGUUUCAAGCAGGUCAAGGUCAAGGUCAAGGUCAAGGUCAAUCCCACCUGGUGCUGGUGCUCAAAGGGGUCUUGUUUCCUAUGGUGAUAUUAGCCCCUAAAACUCAUAUGCUUUCACUAUGUUAUGUUGUCUAGUGUCUACAACUACCUUUUCUGUUCUUGGCCUUUUUGUUUUUUUUAUUGUGAUGGAUUUUGCUGGAAUCUCAACUUUCAAAACUAGGUGAAUAUGCUAAUUUAUGGUACAAGUCAUUCUGUUACAAACUGAUUCUUGAUUUCGGAAAAUGUAUUUGUUGAAGUUGAACCGUUGUAUGAUUUAUAUGCAUAAUAUAUGCAUGGUAACUUGGUAAGUUAUGUUCUUAUCUCAUUCAGUGCAGUCUGGAAUCUGGAUCAAUGAUUCUAAACAGUUUUGUAAUCACCACACUCUAGUAAUGGUCAUGAAUUUUCUUUUAUUUGUCAUUUAUAUAAAAUUGAG